UAACACAAGAAACCGGAACCUGCCUGCUCAUCGGGCUGAAUUCAUCAAACUGACAUUACAUACUACAUACCAUAGUCUAGUAUAUAAAUCGUGAUAACCUUUUUCUUUCAGGGACGUCCUGUGAGAUUUACCAUCUGCUAACUGGAACAUUUUCCAGACGAUUGUGCAGAGUGUUAUAGAGGAUAGUACAAUUUGUUACAUUGAAAUCAAAAAUUUGCCAAAAAUUGGAUAAUACCGAUAUAAAACAACAAUUUAUAACAUUCUCCGAGCAGAGUGUGUUUGAAAAAAAGAUAUUGGUAUUUUUCAACGGAAAUUUUAUUAAGAAGAAUGUCUACCAAUGAUAGUAUGAAUAGUAACACCUGUGUUGUGUGUUAUAAAAAUGUUGAUAUUUAUAGUAUCGGUAUGUGCGAACACCCUGUGUGCUACGAAUGUAGCACUCGAAUGAGGGUACUCUGCUGUCAGAAUGAAUGUCCUAUCUGUCGUCAAGAUUUACCAAAAGUUGUAUUCACGAAGGAGAUAAAACCUUUCCGUUUUCUACAUAAAGGCAAUUUGUUAGACACACGAUACAAUAUCUAUUUCGAUACAGCCGAUAUUCAAAGUAAAUUUUACAAUUUAUUGGCCAACAGUUGCAAUAUUUGUAAGGAAAAACCUGUGUUUAAUAAUUUUAACAGUUUGAAAGACCAUAUGAGACAUCAACACGAGCUGCAUUACUGUGAUCUUUGCGUAGAAAAUUUGAAGAUAUUUUCUCAAGAAAGGCGUUGUUACUCGAGAUCUGAUCUUGCACAGCAUAGAAGAAAAGGAGAUGUCGACGACAAAAGUCAUAAAGGACAUCCGUUAUGCGAAUUUUGCGAUCAACGGUAUAUGGAUAACGACGAAUUAUUUAGACACUUAAGACGUGAUCAUUUAUAUUGUCAUUUUUGCGACGCGGAUGGUUUACAUCAGUAUUACAGCUCGUACGAUUACCUCAGAGACCAUUUCAGACAAGAACAUUUUUUGUGCGAGGAAGGAAUGUGUUCAGAGGAAAAAUUUACAAGUGUCUUUAGGACCGACAUAGACUUUAAAGCGCAUAAAGCGAGUAUUCAUAGUAAACAGCUGAGUAAAGCUGCCGCAAAACAAGCGAGAACUUUAGAGUUAGAAUUUACUCUAGCUCCACGCGGUGAUAAUCGAAUGAACAGAAGAGGAAUGUUAGGUGCAUCAACGUCCAGAAGUUCGAGAGAUUAUAGCGGGAGAGAUUAUAAUCUCAGGGAAUAUCAGCAAACGAUAACACCAAACACUUCGAAUGUAUUUGUAUCGAACAACGAACCUACUUUUGUACGUCAGCCAUCCGUAGAUGUACAGAGUACAGAAGAAUUUCCAACACUGGGUAAUACCGCACCUAUCGUACCUACCAUAACUCAAAGUAAAGGUAGAGGAAACGUAACGAUUCGUAGCACCAUAAGACCGCAGACUCUCGCUGUCACGGAUGAAAACUUCCCUGCAUUGGGAUUAGAAUCGGGAAGUACGAGUAUUUCUAAAACUGUUAAUUUCAGUGUAUCCAGCGGUAAUGCUUCAGGAUCGAGUACGCAACCCCAAAAGAGUACAACUUCCAAUGUAUCUAUUCAAGUAAAUCACGAACCAAAUGGAACGGUCACUACAAAAGUUUCGGGUCCUAAUAUUAGAAUUCGUCCUGCACAACUUUCAAGGGAGUCUGACUUCCCUGCGUUAGGUGGUGCAGAACCAUCGACUAGUAAUACAAAUUCAGCUCAAUGGAAGGAAGUUUUACAGUGGACCUGUUCUAAGUCCGCGUCGACGUCUGUACCGAAACCUAAAAAAGUUGCAUCGCCGCCUUUGGUACCUUCACCGUUAUCUACUCAAUCUGGAGAAGAUUUUCCUACAUUGUUGAAGACGUCCAAAUCAAAGAAGCAAUCGAUAAUCACGGUAGUACCUUCUUGGACUCAACCGCAAAGUUCUAACAAUAGUAAUAACGCGAAAACAACUACUGAUUUAACAAAAGGAAAAACAAAAAAGAAAAAAGUUAAGCAAAAUUGUAAUAAUAACGGUACCAAUGUUAAUGACACUAGCAGUUCGAGAAUGAAUGUAAGUACUGUUGUUGUAAGGAAAGAUUGCGAGACAUCUAAAAUAUCGAAAAAUAUGGAUAUUGUACAGUCAAGUUCCCAGUCUAUACAAAAUACAGAUAACGUUAGCAACAGUGAAAAUACAUCGAAAAAUAUAAAUGUGCAACAUUCAAAGGAAACAGAGCAAAUCAAUAAAAAGGAUAAAAAGAAACAUAAAAAUUUGGAUAACGAAACAAUUGGAAAUACGGGUACAGAUAAUAAUACUUCCAACGGAGUACAGAGGAAACGUACUGAAUUAAAGAUAGAUAGCUUAAAUUCUACUAACAGGAAUGUACGUCGUGUAGAGGAAUUUCCAGCUUUAAGUAGCAGCAGUUCCAAACCACCUGGCUUUACAAAUCCACCGCCUGGAUUUGGAACAACUACUCCUCCACCACCUGGUUUUUGUAUAAAAUAUAAUAGUGUGGAUAAAGUUAACAGUAGUAAUGGAUUAACAUUUACAAAUAGUUCUGGAGAGAGUUACUCGAUCUUACCAGAUGAUAGUAAAGAAGAUAGCGCGUACAAUUACGUAUCUCCUCCAGACUUUCAAAAACGGAACAAAUGUCUCGUGGCCAAAGUUAACGAAGUUCUUGUGCAACAGGACCAGAUCGAGGAAUUUCGGUAUAUAAGUGGAUUGUUUCGCCAAGGAACAUGUAACGCGCAAGAAUAUUACAUGCAUUGUCGCGAAGUUAUGGGUCUUAGCGCUUUUGAGACCGUGUUUCCAGAGCUUUUAGUUCUACUUCCCGAUAUCGCAAAGCAACAGGAACUAUUUAGAGUUCACAAAAAAGAAAGUGAUAAUAAGAUUAAAGGUUUAGAAAUUUGUGCAACCUGUGGCCAAGUUUUGAAGAACGGUCCUGAUUUAAGAACACACGCGACUAGUCAUACAUUAGAAAAUCAUUUUCCAGCACUUGGAAAGACCAGUGUGCCGCUUCAAAAAAAUUCUUGGGCACGUAAAUGAGUAUAAAUCUGUUCCUUUAGUUAACUUGCAAAUUCUGUCAAGACAGUGAAAGAUGCGAAUAAAGGAACUAUGUUGAAUAAACUAUUUUUGUGAAUGGCAUCAUUGUAAAAUAAUCACAAUUAACUCGAGGUUAAAACAUAUGGUGCAUAUUCCAAUUGUCGGUCUUAGAAUUAAAAGUUAAUUUGAACAAAUUAAUUAUCAUAUUACAUUUGUUCAACGACUUGUGUGAUUGCUGCCUAAAAUAAAGAAAAUUUGUUAUCGAA